AUGAUAACCAUUUAUAUCACUGGAAAUGGCGCGAAUUACACCUACUACACACAACAAUUCCGUCGGGAGAACUCCCACCCCUCACAGCCUCUCCCGCCGCCCCUCACGGGCAGUGCCGUCCCCUCACGGCCCUCCCGCCAUUUCCCGCCGGGGCGGGGCAGCGCCGUCCCCUCAUGGCCCGCCCGCCAUUUCCCGCCGGGGCGGGGCGGGGCCGUCCCCUCACGGCCCGCCCGCCAUUUCCCGCCGGGGCGGGGCCGCCUCAGAGCCGCGGCCAUGGCGGGCUUCGUGAGGGAGCUGGAGCGGCGCUCCGGGCCGGCGCUGCGCCUGGAGCAGCGGGCGGCCGGCGGCGUGGGCUGUGUGGUGUGGGACGCCGCGCUGGUGCUCGCCAAGUUCCUGGAGACCGGCGCCUGUCCCCUCGCCCGCCGCCACGUCCUGGAGCUGGGCGCGGGCACCGGCGCUGUCGGCAUCAUGGCAGCCACGCUGGGGGCGAACGUGACGGUCACAGACCUGGAGGAGCUGCAGGAGCUGCUGAUGGUUAAUAUUGAGAAUAACAAGCACCUGGUCACAGGGUCCGUCCGAGCCAAGGUACUGAAAUGGGGUGAAGAUGUAACGGAAUUUCAGCCUCCCCCCGAUUAUAUACUCAUGGCUGAUUGCAUUUACUAUGAGGAGUCUUUGGAGCCGUUGCUGAAGACCCUGAAGGACCUGACGGGCCCUGACACUUGUGUCCUGUGCUGCUACGAACAGAGGACUAUGGGGAAAAACCCUGUAAUUGAGAGAAAAUACUUUGAACUGCUUCAGAGGGACUUUGAGCUGGAGAAAAUUCCCCUGGAUAGGCACGACGAGGAGUAUCGGAGCGAGGACAUCCACAUCGUGAGCAUCCACAGGAAGCGGGCGAACUUCCCAUCGUGAGAUCUUUGAGCACAGGAUCUGAUGGGAUGACACCACAGAGGGACAGUCUGCGGUGUGGUUGUGACUGAUGUGCAGCGAACAGCCGAGGUGUGUGACAGCUCUUCGGCAGCACGGCUGUGGGCUGGCCGUGCCUGCGGCCCGGGGAGGCGGGGAUGGAGGCGGGGAUGGAGCCGGAGCGCCCGGGGGCGGGAGCCGGUGCCUCUGCCGGGCAGCCGAGCGCUCACCGAGCCCCUCCGAGGGCACCGCGUGAAACCGCCGGGAGGGGAAAACUCCGGGACCAGCUCGACUGGACGGGCAAUAAAACUUUGGCACGGGAGAUGGGUUCCAGAUGGUGGGUUGUUCAUUCAUCCUGUGCUUCCUGUGUCAUUCCCAGAGCACCUGGGAGGCUCGUUCCAGGAGCUGGGGCUGGAACGUUGUGGUGGUUUCUGCGCAGAUAAAACAUGCCUGUGCAAAAUC